AGGAGAUAAGAUGGGUCCAUACAUAAAACCCACCCCAGCAUCACACCUCUGCUGGGAGUCCACACACGAUCAUUCAGACAUGGCGAGUAAGAAGGCCUCCAACAAGAGACAGAGGGGACAGAAGUCCUGCUCCAACGUCUUCUCCAUGUUCGAGCAGAGCCAGAUUCAGGAGUUCAAGGAGGCGUUUGGUUGUAUCGACCAGGACAGAGACGGUGUGAUCAAGAAACAAGACCUGAAGGAGACGUAUGGACAGCUGGGGAAGCUCAAUGUCAAUGACGAGGAGUUGGAGGAGAUGCUGAAUGAGGGGAAAGGGCCCAUUAACUUCACCGUGUUCCUGUCUCUGUUUGGAGAGAAACUCAAUGGUACCGAUCCUGAGGACACCAUACUUGCUGCCUUCAAACUAUUUGAUCCCAAUGGCACAGGCUUUGUCAACAAGGACGAGUUUAGACGAUUACUGAUGAACCAGGCUGACAAGUUCACAGCUGAGGAGGCGGAUCAGGCCUUCUCUCUUGCUCCCAUUGAUCCGACUGGUAACAUCGACUACAAGUCGCUCUGCUACAUCAUCACACAUGGAGAUGAGAAGGAAGAAUCCUAA